GGGUUGUUCGUUCCUGCUCUCUCUCUCUCUCUCUCUCUCUCUCUCUCCACCCCUAUCUCUUUACGGGACUCUGGCAGGCCGGUAUUCCAGGAAUGUGUGGAACAUGGCGGCCGCAGUGAAGGCUCCGAAAAGCGGGCUGCUCGAGGUUCGCCUGGCCGCGGAGCGCUGGAGCCGGGUGUUAGCUACCCUCAGCGGGGACACGCUCACUCUGAGCCCGGGGGAGGUGAGCGCUGAGGCGGCUAAAAGCUCGCCGGCCACCGGCGGCACUGUGAACGGAGAGCCGGGCCACCUGAGCUCUCCCUCUGUCCCGGACUCCAUCAGCAACGUGAAGAGAACCGUGCGAGUUACCAAACAGGACGUGGGAGGACUCGGCAUCAGCAUUAAAGGUGGUAAAGAGAACAAGAUGCCCAUCUUAAUUUCUAAGAUCUUCAAAGGCCUCGCAGCAGACCAGACUGAGGCUCUGUAUGUUGGUGACGCCAUUUUAUCUGUCAACGGAUGUGACCUGCGAGAAGCUACUCAUGAUGAAGCUGUACAAGCUCUGAAAAAGACUGGGAAAGAGGUCAUCUUGGAGGUAAAAUACAUAAAAGAGAUGUCUGCGUUUUUUAAGAAUACAUCUUCAGGCACUCCUGCUCUUCUGGACUCUCCUCCCUCCACACCACAGAAGCAGGUCGAGCCAGUCAUGAAGGAGGCCAGAAGCAUCCCACUGAAAAUGUGCCAUGUCACCCGCAAGCAGUGUCCACCAGACACAGAGGACAGAUAUUUUGAGGUGGUGUCAGCAGACAGGAAGCAGUCUGCAUUUUUGAGGGCAAAGGAUCCUGCAAUGGCCCAGUCCUGGUAUAAUGCUAUCCAAGCAGGCUGCGCUGCACUGCUCUCUACAGUUAAAGACAGCCUCAGAGCUCUGCAGCCGGGCAUGGACAUCACACACAUCGGCUGGAUCAUAGAGCAGGGAUCUGAGAGGCCGAUACUGGCAGUGCUGACAGACAGAGAUCUGUUGUUGUACAGCUCUUUGCCUGAGAGCAGAGAGAGUCUUAAUAGCCCAGACAAGAGCCAUCCACUCAUUACCACCAGGCUUGUUCAUUCUGGACCUGGAAAGAGUACAUCAGGACAGGAUUGUGAUUUAACAUUCGGUCUGCGUUUAGGCACUAAGCACGGUGUGGAGACUCACCUGUUUCGAGUGGACACUGCAAAAGAGCUUUCCACUUGGAGCCACCUCCUGGUGGAGGGCUGUCACAGUGCUGCUGAGCUCAUCCAGGAAGUCACUACAGCAUGCAGCUGGAACGGUCAGUCAUGCAUGCUCAGUGUGCACAUAGAGAACGGUUUCACUUUGUUCACUGAGGAGGCAGGUGUGAGGAGACACAUUCUUCUGCAGCAGCCGUUUGAGCGUCUGCGCAUGUCCUCUGACGAUGGAGUGCGCAUGAUCUUCCUUGACUUUGGAGGACCGGAGGCCGAGAUUCAACUGGAUCUUCAUGCCUGUCCUAAGACCAUCGUCUUCAUCAUUCACUCUUUCCUCUCGGCCAAGGUGAAGCGUUUAGGCCUGCUUGCAUGAGCGCUGAUGUUCUAAACCCCACACACAGUUACGAUGACAUGAGGCACAACUAGACAGUUGGAAGGUGGACCAGACAGAUAUAAAACCAGGGGCUGCCAUUGGUGAAGUCCUACCACUGUUGUCCAACAAACAGUUUAAAGCCAUGCAUCAAAAUUGUUGAUCUUAUUUUACAUGUCAAACUUUUUUUUAGAGAAUAUUUUGUGUGCCAUAUCAAUUUGUAUGAAACAAUUGUUGCAGACAGAAAAGCAAAAAAGUUUUUGCAGGAAUACUUCACUAAAAAAAAAACAAAUUAUGGCAAACAAUGGAUUAAAUCCAGUGGAGAAGUGGUGUAGUCCAAUCUAGUCUAGUUGAUAUACUGUAAUAAGGAAUUUCACAUCAGAGUUAAAAUGCCAGCAUACAGUAUAUUUUUUACAUUUCUUGAAUGAUGCAAUUUAAUACAGAACAAAUACAUGGGUUUACUAUAUAAACCCAUUAAAAGGUAGUAUACACAAACACCAAUUGAAACAGAUGAGUUUGCCUAUCACCAGCCUGGGCCCCACUGGCUUCAAUCAUUGUUAGUCACAUUAAGAGGCACACUGCCGGUGAAAAGUUAUUGAGCACCCUAUAUUUGAGUAUUUUUACUAUUUUAAUAUUUUUUCAUUGAGAAAUGUUUAUGACUUGUAUUGCACCUGAUGCAUGCACUGUCAAAGAGUGCAAUAAAAAAAAGCCCUAGUCUAGAGUGCCAUUGGGAUCUGAGAGCUUUCCAGUUAAAACGUUGAGUUAAAUGCAGAGAGUGAGAUCUUUGAUGGAACAAAGACCUGAUUCUUUGCAUUUACUGUAUUUAAUUACCAGUCUCUACCUUUCAGUUUUGUCUGUGGCACUAAUAGUCCUUAAACUGUAAUAAAACCUAAAAAACUCCAGGUGUUCAAAAACUUCUGACUGACAGUAUAAAGUGGUCCUUUCAUGUGGUUAUGGGUAUAAUUAGAAUAUCCACAACGCACCGUGCCAUUAGGAGACAACAUAAGCGCUCUUUAAAUGCGCCAGUGAGAUAGUGGGCUGCAAAUAUGGGAAUUUGGGAAUUUCUGCUUCAGAAUUACAGCACAGAACAGGCUUCCUCGCUCCCUGUAAGACGCACACUGAAAUAGAAUUUAUCAAGCGAACAGUUUUGCCACAGAAAGCUCGUACCCCAGCUAAUGAAUUUUGAUGUCAUUCUUUUCUCCUGAGGAAAAAAAAAACCCUCUUCAGUGAGGCUUCGAAUAGACAGACAGUCGAAUCUAAUUCUGUUUUUCACACACCUAAUACUGUAUGUGAUUUAAUCCUUUUUUAUUCUGAAUCAAUCAUUUCCUGGCAGCUUGACAAAAUAUGAAAUUGUAUCAGUUAAAAAAAAAACACUUUCAAACGUAUUUAUUCAUACAACCUUACAGUUUAAAUGAAAAUUUAACUUCACUUUUCUCUAAUCAUUAAGAUAUUAAUUAUUUGACAUUUGAGUAUUAUACAGUCAUGGGUGUAAUUUUUUUUUUUUGGAAGAUUUUUAGAUAUUGACGAAAUGUAUUGCAAUGCACCAGAGUACUGAGGAUAACUGAGCUCACUGAGCUGACCUUUACAAAAAUAUACAUAUAAUACAAUAUAGAAAAAUCUGAACACUCAAUUAUUUAUUGUCUUACUAGGGAAACUGUUUGUAUUUAGAAUAUUCUUCCUAACCUUUUUUCUUUCAAUUUUACCAUCCUGAGGUGGCAUUUUGUAAAAAAACUGCAGAACAUUCAGCUGUAAGGAACCACAGCAUAUCCUGAAAGGAACUUGUCAAAGCUUUUAAAUUUGAGAACUUUAUAACUAUGUUUUUGUAUGUAACCACAUAACCAGUAUUUCGACAAUUACAUAAUUGUUUUAGGGAAGCAAAGAGAAAAUAGCAUUAGUACUAUUUCCAGAACGAAAGCUUAUUUGACCAACACUUUGCUUAAGUGCUACUCCUAUGAACAUUAGCAUCUUUAAAUUCAGUGGUAAAGCCCAGGAACAAAUUUUAUCUCCACCAAACAAGUACACUCGUGCUAAGGACCCUUGUCUGCAGUGGGAAUUGUUGAAUUGUUUUGCUUUGUGAUUUUAAAUUUGUCUUUAACACAAAAAAAAUUUAACUGUAACCGUAACAGUUUUGUGUUCAAUGGAUAAGUAAGUAUCAUUUAUUAUGGUGGCCUUUCAGAAAUCAUCCUAUAAAUUAAUAUAUACUUAAAACUAAACUAUGUUAGCUCUUAAAACAGACUCAAUUUUAUUGUACAUGCUUAUUUAAACAAGAGUGUGCCUUACAGGGUUGUUUGUACAUAAAAUAAAAUUGAAUAAACUUUA